CUGAGCUGGAAAGUAGCGGUUUCAGCGGCGGGAGAGGCAGGGCAGCAAUAUAGAAUAUCUGGCUUUGUUAUUUAUGUUGUAUUUGUCGUUUUACACUUUCAAAUAAAUGCAUUACUGCAGUAGGAAGGACAAAAGUUUGCGGCAAGGCUGAGAAGCUAAGAGCGGGGUUAAGAUCACUCCAGUUGGCAGAGAAGUGAAAUGUCAUCUUUUUUGUGGAGGGUUUGUUCAGGGCUGGUUCUGGUCAUGCUGCUGCCAGCUCAAGCUGCUGGAGAGGACUCCCUAUCCCUGAACACCUGGACUGAUUUCUGGCUUUUCCGGUUUAUUCUUAAUGUCUUGGGCUAUGCUACAAUUAUUGUCCCCGGCUAUUUGCUUAUCAAAUAUUUCAAGAGCAUCAACUACCUAGAAACAGGUCGUGGCAUUUGUUUCCCUCUUAUAAAGUCCUGUGUUUUUGGGGGUGAAGCAAAAUCUAGUCUGCUAGAGGAAGUGCCUACAGCAUCCAAAACUGAGGCAACGGAACCAUCUUCAACAGCCAGACAGGCUUGUAAACUGUUGUUCUGCACUGCUGGACUACAGGCUUCUUACUUAACAUGGGGCAUCCUUCAGGAACGAGUUAUGACCCGCACCUAUGGGGCUACCAGCACAGAGGAGGGUGAGAAGUUCAAGGAUUCCCAGUUCCUGGUCUUCAUGAACCGCAUCCUUGCUUUGACGGUGUCUGGCCUGUACUGUGUCCUCACCAAGCAGCCUCGUCACGGGGCCCCUAUGUAUAAGUACUCCUUUGCUUCCCUCUCCAACAUCCUGAGCAGCUGGUGCCAGUAUGAGGCCCUCAAGUACAUCAGCUUCCCCACCCAGGUGCUGGCCAAGGCGUCGAAGGUAAUCCCGGUUAUGCUCAUGGGAAAGGUAAUUUCUCGCAAAAGCUACGAGUACUGGGAAUAUUUUACGGCUGUGCUCAUCUCUGUUGGCGUCAGCAUGUUCCUUCUGUCCAGCUCCACCCACAAGCACCCUUCAACCGUCACCACGUUUUCGGGAGUGAUCAUACUGGGUGGCUACAUCCUUUUUGACAGCUUUACUUCCAACUGGCAAGACAACCUCUUCAAGUACAAGAUGUCCUCGGUGCAGAUGAUGUUUGGCGUCAACCUCUUCUCUUGCCUCUUCACAGUGGGCUCCCUCCUGGAGCAGGGGGCCUUGUUUGACUCUCUGGGCUUCAUGAGCCGCCACUCAGAGUUUGCCUUCCAUGCUGUGCUGCUCUCUGUGUGCUCAGCUUGUGGCCAGCUAUUCAUCUUCUACACCAUCAGUCAGUUUGGUGCUGCUGUCUUCACGAUCAUCAUGACCCUGCGGCAGGCCAUCGCCAUCCUGCUGUCGUGCUUCCUGUAUGGCCAUGCCAUCACCAUGGUGGGGGGCCUGGGGGUGGCCGUGGUCUUCCUCGCCCUCUUUCUCAGGGUCUACGCUCGCAGCCGCAUGAAGAAGAGGAGCAAGAAGGCUGCGCAGAGCCAGGCGCUGGUCCAGAAGGUUUAGUCACCUAAACCAUCUGCAAAGAGACAUUUCCUCAACUAGAUCCUAUUUUAAAAGGUUUUGUUUCUAUUUUCUGGAUUUGUACUUUGUAAUCGUAAGAUGCCACAGAGAGGCAGAUGCCUUUGUUCCAUGUGUUUGACUUGAAUAUGGACACUUCCUAACGUACUGGAAAGUUAACCAGGUAGUGUUGAAGCAAAUAAAUGGACCACUCCUCACAGUUGCUUCUUUCUUUUGAAUCCAGCGUCAUGGUGAUCGACUCUGAGGAUGUUUCUAUAUAUUAUAGAAAGUGGAUUUAUUAAAAUGGCUACUGGAAGUGACAGUAGGACUUGAAAAGAGCAGAAGGAAGUCCAUCCAGGCUGUUAAAAAUAUUAUGAUUUCUAUGUGUCUUGUCUAUAACCGUCUGUCUUACUUUCAACGCACUUUGCGAUGUUUGCAAAACUAGUUCUUGCGGAAGGUUUGGGACUGACUAAAACAACAAAGAUGGACAAAGAAAAUAGAGCAGAAGCCUUGUCCCUGCAAGAAAGGCAGCACUGAUGGCAAAUCUUUGCAGACAGUACAAAGGUCCAAGAGGUGGUUAUCAUGAUGUGACAAAAUGUGCAAUUCCCAUUGAAGGCCUGAACGCCUACGCCAGGCUACUUUCUCCAGGCAACAGAACUGAAUGUUGUUCCGUUGCAACUCUCUGUAGGUGAAAGUUUAUCGCCUUCUGCACUGUUGGUCUUUUUCUUUAGACAGUUUUUGCCUCUCCAGAUAAAUGCAGUCUUGCUUUAAAAAAACCCCAUCAGGAAUGUUUAACAUUGGUCCACAUUCUAAAUAAUAAAACACAAAAGACAUAAAUGAGGUCUUUCUCUGUACUGAGAUGAGGAUUGUUCCUCAAGACUUCUUUUUUUCUGAAUUUGUAAAAGAGAAUUGUGUGUGAUUGUGACUUCAGUUUGAGGUGCUGAAUCCUUUUAGAUUAAAAAAAGAGAGCUCCCUGAUGGACUUAGCUAAUAUUGCCAUCCUUAACGUAAUGAAAUCAUUUAACACUCACUUUACUAAAACCAAAGGAGAUGGCAACAAAGGAAUCACUGCCAGGAUUCUAAAGAUCCCUCUUGUGUUCUUCAAAAGCUUUUGUGACUUUUUUAUCACAUUGUUGAAAAUCAUGAACACAUUAUUACGUUUAUGUUUUGCUGUCACUUGUUGUAAAAUGCAUAGUAUUAAUUCUUUCUUAAUUUGUUUUUUCAUUAGUCACAUUAAUUUCUGCAUAGGAAACACCUGGAAUACAAGAGACAUUCCUGUACUUGUCAAAUUAGUUUGUUGUUUUAUUGGGGGGAGGGGGCAUUUUGAAGACAUUUUUCCUGUCGAAACUGUGCAACACGGAUAAACUAUUUGGGUUUUUUUAAAAGUCAUUUUCUAUCCAGCGUCUUGAAAACAGUGCUUGAGGAGGACUACAUAGGCAUCUUUUCUGCCCGUAGUUUGGCAAAAGGAAUGUAAAGAAAGUGCUACAAGUGGAAGAUCUAUGAAAUGUCGGUAAGGGAACCACAAAAUGGUACUUGUAUUUCAUUGUGCAGUGUUUGUUUGUUUGUAAUUACAUUAAACAUAUGGCGUUAAAAAAAGUAUUUGAAAUAUAUUUAACAUGCCUUUGAGAGAAGUUAGUACACAGAGGACAGGCACUGAAAACUAAGGACAUGUCCAAAACCGUUUGUCUGAUGAAGAAGCAAAGAGGGUAGCAGGCCUGGAGUAGAAAACCAGGCACCUCUGCAGUUGUUUACUAACUCUGUGCUGCUGUCAGGGCACAAGUCUAUUUAUGUCUUUCAUUAAAAAACUCAUAAGAGCCAGUGCGUGAAACAGGAGGUUGGUGUGCAAUGAAUUUGAAAUUAAUAUGAAUUUACCAUGUAUGGCUCAUUAACACAUUUUAGGCUAAGUUUAUAUCAGGUGUUAGGUGCAUUGUUUGUUAAUAUACCAAUUCAUCACCUCCAAGGAAAUUUAAGGCCUGUUGGUUUCCAUCAGCCAAGCUUAUGAUAUUUUGUAAAACCUUUCCCUUAACAAAAUGGACACCUUAGCUAAAUCUUGAGCCUGUUGUUCGUAGAUCUGUAUUUUAUUUCUUAAUCCAAAACUGGUACUGGUUUUUCUUUCUUUCGUGACUUGUGAAUGUGUCAGUUCUUAUAUUUGUAUACCUAAACUUUUUAUGUCAUUUACAUUUCAUUUUUAUAUACUGUAUAUGAAUAUACAAUGAAUAGUUUGUGGUUACGCAUUAAGAGAUCAAUAGUCUCUUACAAGCAGUGUUUUUCCUGAUCAUGUAUUUAAAUUUCUGUUAUUAGCAACAUAGCCAGCACUUAAGAGCAAGAGAUGUGAAGAACGGGGUCAAGAUACGAUUCUGCAUCUGGUGAAUGUCCUGGAAAUGUCCUUUGAUGAUACUCUAAAUACUAUGUUCAUGUGAUUUACAUUUAGAAAUAGAAAAACUAGACAAUCCAUGGUCAAACAUGGAAAAAAGCACGUUAAUCCUGUAGUCAAAUCAGUUGCUUUUGCCCUGCACAGCACAGAUGUACUGUAAUGCAUAGUAACAUACUGCAGACAGAGCUCAUUUCUGUCCACAAACAGGAUAAAAUGCCAAAAGUCCGCCUUAUGGGGAUAAAAGGCAGGGAGUUGCAAUCCUGUGGCAGUUACACAAGCUGGUUGUGUACUCAGUCUGGCAGCAUAGAUGUUUUUUAGUUUACGUACAUUUUGUUGAAAUGCACCACACAAGACAGAUUUAAAAAGGAUUUCUGUAAGAAAAAAUGUGCCGUGUGAUAGCAAUAAUGAUACAAUACUUUCGUGAUCUAAAAUAAAUCGUGUUGAUAAAAA